UCGAUGUCCACAGGGCAAGCGGGCGUGAACCAGCUCGGCGGCGUGUUCGUCAACGGUCGGCCGCUGCCCGACGUGGUGCGUAAGCGCAUCGUGGAGCUCGCCAUCAUGGGCGUGCGGCCCUGUGACAUCAGCAGACAGCUGCUGGUGUCACACGGCUGCGUGUCCAAGAUCCUCACGCGGUUCUAUGAGACGGGCAGCAUUAGACCAGGCUCCAUCGGUGGAAGUAAGACCAAGCAAGUCGCGACCCCGACCGUGGUCAAGAAGAUCUUGCGCCUAAAGCAGGAAAACCCUGGCAUGUUCGCGUGGGAGAUCCGUGAGCGGCUGCUGAGCGCGCGCGUGUGCGAACCCCACUCCAUACCGUCUGUGUCGUCUGUGAACAGGAUCCUGAGGAACAGCGGGCUGGCGUGGAGUGAGGAUGAAGGGAGGAGUGUGACCCCUACAUUGGUCAAGAAGAUCCUGCGCCUAAAGCAAGAGAACCCCGGUAUGUUCGCGUGGGAGAUCCGCGAGCGGCUGCUGAGCGCGCGCGUGUGCGAACCCCACUCAAUACCCUCUGUGUCGUCUGUGAACAGGAUCCUGAGGAACAGCGGGCUGGUGUGGAGCGAGGAUGAAGGGAGGAGUGAUAAAAUCCUGAGGAACAGCGGGCUGGUGUGGAGCGAGGAUGAAGGGAGGAGUGUGACCCCUACAUUGGUCAAGAAGAUCCUGCGCCUAAAGCAAGAGAACCCCGGUAUGUUCGCGUGGGAGAUCCGCGAGCGGCUGCUGAGCGCGCGCGUGUGCGAACCCCACUCAAUACCCUCUGUGUUGUCUGUGAACAGGAUCCUGAGGAACAGCGGGCUGGCGUGGAGCGAGGAUGAAGGGAGGAGUGAUUCCUACCCGCCAUCGGAACCUCAAAACGUCAUGGAUUACAUGUCGUUGAAGAACCUACCGCCGUCUAUGCCAACUCAGCAGAACCCACCAUACUUCGCGCACACCGCCGUCAGGAUCCCGCCUCCUCAACCCUCGGAGCCGCUUUACGAUAGGCGGCUCGCCACCUCCUGGCUCCUAGCCAAUCAGGUCCAAGCCCAGGGCCUCUUGAAACCCUACCCCAUAUCCCCAUGGCAGAGAAUCAUGAUCCCCUACCAUCCAGAUUCGAAAAACUUCUCGCCAUACGCCAUUAAUCUGCACAACGAUCUCUUAACCCGGAUCAAUCCGGAUGAAGUCAAAUCCGAGAAUUCUGAGCACAUUUCUGUUGAAGCGAGCGACGAUAGCAGAGAUAAACAAGAGACGGAAGAAGAGAGAAAAACGCCACAUGAAAAAGAGAAGAAGAAAAAUCCUUACUCCAUCGAAGAGCUUUUGAAGAAGCCAGACAAAAUGGUGAAUUCGAAUCCUGUCGUGUUCCACAACUUUCUGCGACAGCCUAGCGGGAGUAUGAUAGAGUAUGGGAGGGAGAAGGACUCUAGUAACAGAAGCUCGCCUGCCAGCUUCUGCUCCGGGCAGAGUUCCAACGAUGGCUUCACAGAAUCGGACAGGCCUGAAAUAAAAGCAGGGAACUAAAAAGUGAGAGCAGCUGUUUAUCACAGGCCAUUGUAAGAAAUCAUUUCAACAAGUACCUAUUGUUUUAGAAAAAAAUGCACCUACUAUAAAUAAAUUUGCCAUAUUUCGGAAGAGAUUAUUUUACUCCUGCAUUUGGUUAGGUAUUUUAUUUGUAUGUAAUUCAGUGUUGUUAUAUGUAGGUAAUAUAUCUAGUAAUAAGUAAAGCAUUUAUGGUCGACGCUGAAUAUUUUUGCACGGGAAAAGUUUCGUGCCAUACAAAACUGACUUUAACCAGUGAAAGAAUAAACUUUGAAUUCCAGUGACAAUGCUGUAACAAAAUACCUUUAGCGAACAAAA